AUGAGAGAUAUAGGGCAUAUCAUGGCAGACAUUGGACCACAAGUAGGCAGUACGGAGUGUUACUCGCAGUCUUUCGCAGUAGGGCUCAAAGGAGCCCGUGUCAGCGCCACCUCCAUGGCAAGAAACUUAGAGCCGAGAGAUCUCAGAGGGGAGCAACAGGACCCCGAGGAUGAUGGUUUGGUCUUCGUGGUCUGGACUGGAUUCAAUGCACUGGAGGUCUCAGCCGCCCGUAUCACGGGAGCCGAAGACAGCGCCAGCUCUGUGGAGCAGAAUGCCGCGUUGGAAGCUCAACCGCAAGGCAGAGGCAACAGCUCCCGCUCCAAGGAGACCUGGGAAGUUGCUUGGACUCGCGAUCCGGCCGAGGAAUCACAGCUGUCUCAUGAUGCACAUCGUUGGUUUAGCUGGCGACAACAACGCUUCUUAGCAGUUUUGGUCGUCCUCAGCUGCUUGACGGUAGGAGUCACUUAUCUCAUUGCCUCAGGCAUCCAAAUGAUGCUCCAAGCGCGUCGUCUUCGGCGAGCCAUCAAGAAUCAGCUUCUUUCCCAGAAUCAGAUCCUAUCUGUCCAGGCUGUUUUGGAAGCCCGCCAAGAACUUCUAAGGAGCUUGGUGGACCUGUCACGUCACAGAAAAGAUGACCUGGAGGAUUGUGAAGAGAAGGUGCUCGCUGCUUUCUUCAACGAGCUCAUGGAGAGGAUUUGGGAUUCCGUGAAGUCUGGUGUGCUUGAUGAGGAGGUUCAGGUGGUCCUUGAGACAGCAUUGGAAAGCAACGAGGAGUGUGCCUCCGUCAGUGAACGCAGGCAGCUGUGCCUAGACCUGCUAGCCUCUGUGAUGCAACAUGCAACACCAGGGAUGCAGGGCAAGCUACUGACUGGUGUAGCGAACGGAUUGCAAAAGCAGAUCAGAGCGCUUGUGAAGCAAGGGUUGCUAGCAAGAAAGGCCCUUCUGGACGCAGCAGCUGCCCAGGAUACAGAUGGUAUGCUAAAUCAACGCCUCGGAUUCUUGCUCAGAGAAGAGCCGCUUAGCCGCUUAGCCUCGCCCAACGUUGGCACCCUGGCCGCCUUGGCCGCCUUGGCCGCCUUGGCCGCCUUGGCCAAGGACGAGACAAGGCGAUGCGGAGCGGUCGAAGACUUGGAUUUUGAAACUGCAGAACCCACUCGCAGCGAUCGCUUAGAGAAUUUCUAUGCCAAUAAAGGAAACCUGGAAGACCCAAAGGAAGCUGAUGGCAUCGUGUUCCGCCUCUCCAAGGCAGACAAGAGCUGCGCGGGUGACAUGGUGCCUUUGACCUUUCUCGAGUUCGACGUGCCAAAUGCCCGACCCGUUGACGUGUUCAACGUCAUCAUGGCUGCUGAGAACGAGACGCAGUGGGACAAGGCUCCAAGUGAGAUGCGCGUGAUUGGUGAGUGGAAGAGAUAUCAGGCCAGAGGUGUGGUUGGAUUCUUCGAUGCCAAACCUCUCAGCUCGCGAGAGAUCCACGAAUGGCAGGUUGCCAGCGCCAACUUCACAUCGGAGGAGUUUUGGGUGGUGUACUCCACCUUGGAGAACGAUCAACUCAGGAACAAAGAGCCCCUGCGUGCCGGCGCGACGGAGAUGCAGAACUGCCUUUGUGCAUAUCGCAUCACCCCGAAGGCGGGUGGAGGUGUGCACGUCUUGAACACGCAGCAGAUCAACGAGCAUCCCUGGCCUUUGAAUGCUCGAUCGGUGGCCAACCUGGGAUGGCAAACCUCUGCGGCCUUUGGCUCGCACCUGCGGGCGGCCAGCGAAGCGCAGGAGAAGAAAGGUUGGGCAGCCAACAAGACUGUGGCGCCGGCUUGGAUGCUGAAAGAUGGGGACUGCGCCCUGGAGAGGCCGGACGAAAGCCUGAGGGAGUCGCUCUUGAGCAAAGCAUACGGAAGUUUCAAUGGCCAGGAACUUGGCUCUUGGGAGGAGCCGCCCAAGACAGUUGAGAAACUUGCUGACGGCAAGGGUCCCGAUCCGAUCGAUCCGAUCGAUCCGAUCGAUCCACCUAUCUGUUUGCAUUUGGUGUCCCCGUCCCCACCAGGAGAUGAAGGUUUGGCAGCUCACGGCAGAGUGCGGUGGCGCGGAGGCUUGACGCGCUCUGGAGACACGUGGAUGGGAUUGCCACCGGAUGUUGCUACAGAGGCGCCACUCUUCCAUGCGGAGUUCUCGGUGGAUGCUGGGCCACAAGAGGUGUUCAAUGCUAUUGCUGCAAAGCGACGAGAGGCGCAGUGGAAUCCUCGGCUGCAGCAGCUGAACAUCAGUGGCUUCUCCGAUCCUGGUGUCCGCAGUGUCCACGAGGAGUUUUCAAUGCCAAGCGUUAUGGGCUUGAAGCUCUCACCGCGAGAGAUGUUCGAAUUCCAGGCAGCGGAGCGCAAUUCGAGUCGCUACUUGCUGACCUUCAGCUCUGACACGGACUCCCCGAUCCCAUCUUUCAAUAAUUCUGCCGUGAAGGCUACACAAUGCGUUGCAGCUUAUGAGGUGGUGCCUGAUGGCAGUGCAGGUUCUCGCAUUCGCAUGGUUCAGCAUUUGAACGCCAACGCUGCGGCCUCGUCUUUUUUUGUUGAGAUGGGCGACAUGCGUUGUCCUCAUUUAGAUGUACCAGUGGGGAUGGCCGAGCACGUCCAAUUUCUUUGGGAAAAGAGGGUGAUUUCCAUGUUGAGCGCCUGGGCCAGUGAGCUGAGUGAAGAGGCUCGCAACAUUGUGGCCCAGCGAAACUGCGGCAAAGGAGGAGGCUGUCCUUUGCCCGGCUAUGACAGCGAUCUGUUGGAGCUCCUGAGCCCCUCACCACUGCAGAGGAACAGCUCGAUGACUAUCGCAAAGGUGCUGUCUCUGGCGCCUAAGCAGGUGUCUUUCCGGCGCCUGGCAACGGCAACGGAUUCCCUGCCUCACUGGCAACGGGCCUUCGGAAAGCUGCCGCUGACCACGGUUUUGAACGUGACGCAGUGGGACAGCUUCGAAUCCCGGGCAGAUGAGGUGAUGUCACUCUUCCGGCUGGUUGAACACAAUGCCACUGAUGACGAGAAGGAGGCCUUCGCCUCCCUGGCUCACGACGCCUUGGACGUCCAACGGCAGGGGGAGGCACUGGCAUCUUUGCAGUGGCGUUACCUGGAGGUCAUAAAUCGCCAUGACUGCGAUGCCAGCCUUCCUGACAUCAACGGGGCGAUAGUUGUGCUCUUGCUGUCGUGCAUUAGCUGCUGCUGCGUUAAGCUCUACCGCAUCCGGCGCGAGAGGCGGGCGACACGUUCAGUGUCCGUGCGGAUGCAGGAGACCAUCGUGCUCGCCAAGCUGCUAGCUUGUUACUUAGCGCUGCCUCAAGUUGUGCUCCGAGCGACAGGAUCAGUGAAACGCUGUUCCAUGCUGUUCCACUCUGAGAUCUUUUCUGUCCAGAGCACUCCGUCCAAAGGGAACGGAUGCGCGGCGAGACAGGCUGAGGGCGCGGUGCGGUUCGGCCUUCGGCGUUUCGGGCCGCAAAGCGCUCAUCCCUUAGCGGAAGCGGUGCGAACCACCACGGUGUAUCCCCUGUCCUCAGGUCACAGUUUUGAGAACGGGAAUGGUUCAAGCAUCGAAAAUAGCUCACUCCUUCGACACUGCGGCCAGGAUGUGGCAGAUGCCCCAGGCAUCCCCCGGGAGACGCGGCUCGGCCGGCGGGUGGAGGAGGAGACAUGCUUUAUCACGGACCAGACGGUGAGACAGGCGUUGCAGCCAUCCCAGUUGAAUGGUGGCAACCUUGUGGACAUCUUUCAGAAUCGUGAGGACGAUUUCGAAGCCGUUGAGACGAUGGAGGUCUCCUACACUUCAAGCUCCGGCGAGAAGGUCCAGGAGUUGGUCUUUGCUGAAAACUCCAAGCAGAAGACCUUCAGUGGACCACGGAUCCUGGUCUCAGCAAGCAGGGUGAAUACGAUGCACCGGGCCAUCUCUGUCCUCUCUCGGAAGGUUGACAAUCUGACUACCACUUUGCGGGUAUGCAGAGAGCACUACUACAAGGAGCUCUUCUCCCUUCGUCAUGGUCGGCAGCCCUCUGAGGAACAUGAAAAGUUCUGGUUCACUCCUCAGGCCUACCAAGACACGGUGUCUAUUCAAGAAUUGCGGAAGCGCUUUGGAACAGAACAGGAGGACUUGCGCAAGCGCGAGCAGGAAGUUCGUGAACUCAGGGCCAAAUUGCGUCAAAUUGACAGCAUCGCUGAAGAUCGCCUUGAGAAACUCAUCACGUGCAAGACGAUUCCUGAGCUCUUCAACUGGAUGAGAGACAUGAACGGUUUCCGGGAGGCGGACUUUGACCUCCAUUUGCAGGUCCUUGCGCAGGAGAUAAGUCUCAAGGCAACUGAUGCAAACAAGGCCCCUGACCUGGAGAAGGAGAAGCUGAAGAGCAGCCUUGAGGAUGCAGAAUUUGAGGUUGAGAGUUUGCAGAAAAAGCUGAUGGAAGCUCAGGUGGCCAACCAGGGUCUCAUGGAUUUGCUGACAGAGAGGCGGGCUGAGCCAAUCGUGGUAGCACCGGCGCCCAUCGAGGAGGAACCUGAUCUGGACGACUUGAGUAACCCCAGUUCAGUGGCCACGCCUGUACGGUCGAAGGAGGUGGCUGAGAUGUCGCAGCGCCGACACUCCCAGGCCACUGAGGACACCUUGACCAUCCUGAAUAGGCAAGCACAGGCGGCUGCCGAGCUUGCUGAAGCGGAGGAGAAGAACAGGCAGCUGCAAGCAUUGGCAGAUGCUUGGGAAAAGGAAGCCCGAGAGCAGUCCCGAAAGAACGUCCAGUUGGAGCGAGCAAACAAGGACGCAGCGCAUCUGCAGAAGGCAAAAGAUCAAGCUGAAAAGGACGCUGCAAAAGCCAAUCAGCAAAAAGAGGCUCUGCAGAAAAAACUGGAAGCCUACCAGGAAAAGUACAAGAGCCAGAUCGAAACUCUGCGAGCUGAUGGGUUUGAAGUCGAAUCCGUCAAGAUGUCAGAGGAUGGAGGUCUGUUUUCCAGGAGAAAUACCAUUGAGGAGGAGCACCUUGCGGAUCUGAGCAAGGGGCGACUGAAGCCGGGAAAAGCAUCCAAGGCAUCCAGCCGGGCAGCAUCAAAGUCCUCUGGAAAGGGCUCGAACUCGCCAAAUUCAAAAGGAGGCAAAAGCCCACGCUCACCGCGACGGGCAAAAUCCAAGGGACACAAACCGGAGAAGGAAGAGAAGGAGGAGGACCCUGGUCCUGAUCCUUUUCAGAUGCUGAACGAUCUUGACAAUGCUGAGGAGGAGGCACAGGACCCAGACCAGGCAGUUUCCCUUGGUUCGGAGGCCUUCCUGAGAAGCGAUGGGACCUUCGGAGGCGACAGCGCCUUGGCACUUCCUGAGGGAAUUGGCAUCGGUGUCUCAAGGGAUGAGAUGAACAGCUUCGAGGUCUCCCUGGGUCUGUUAGAAGACACAGACUACACCAACCUCACGACCGAAGGUCCCAAGCAGUUGCAGGAUGCAAGCGUGCAGACGCUGAUUACAACAGAUUAUCAUCCUCCACGAUGGCUGGUGCUGCAAGAUGAAAACAAUACUGGAGAUGAAUGGGUGUCCAGUCAGGCUGCCUUAGAUGACCUGAUCGAGUACACCAAGUUCAAGCUCUUGCAGUGGUCAGUUCACUUCAUCAAGUCAGAAGAGCCGGACGUGUUGAAGACUUCUGCGGCAUUGGCGGCCCUUGAUCACCGCAUGACAGGUUUGGGCAGGUCCGCCAAUUCACCCUCAGGGAGGCCUGGUCGGUUGUCAACCGCAGUGCAACGGAUACAACGCAUGCAGCAAGGCAAUUGGCAGAAGGUCGUUGAAAUGGAAGAGGCCAGAAAGAACCAAGUGCUUCUGAAUCAGCUGCCUGAGACGAAGCCCAUGAGGCAGCCACCGCCUCUAAAGGCAGCGGAGAAGUUGAAGCGCUUGUCCUCUGCGGCGAGGAGGUGGGUCGCUUCACCCAGCGCAUCAAUAUCCACCUCUGAGCCCGUUGGCCGUAUGUCGCUGGCGGCCUCUCCGCCAUCCACCGCCCUGGUGGCGGCAGCGCCGCGGCGAGACAGCAAAUCUUUGCCCCCGAUGCAUGAGGUAUCUCAGUCAUUAUCUCCAGAGGUCUCACGCUCGGAGGGUGUAAUGCUCUACCAACAUCGCAGAAGUCCGCUGCCGCGCAUGCAGGAGGUUCAGGAGCCUGGAGACCUCCAUGGAGAAUUGGAGGCGCUGCGAAAUUCCAGCCUUGCCAUGGAGUCCGUGGAGUCCGUGGAGGUAGAGUGGCCAAGGCAAUUGACGGAGAGUCUGCUUUCAUCUGGAUCCGAAAAGGCACCAAGUUCGCGGCAAAGCCUUUCAGAGGAGCCCCAUCGCGACAACUCGUUAAAAGACUUGUUACAGUUUGAGAAGGAGACCGAGGAGACCCAUUUUGAUCAUUUUGAGACAAGACUGGAGAAGACCCACGCUGUUCCAAAAGAAGCAGUGCACUGGACGCAGGCCAUCUCCCCGGGUCCGUGGUGCUUUGCAACCCCCCCUUUCGAUCCCUUUCGAUCCCUUUCGCCCACAACAUUUGCACGAACAAACCGCGAAUCAGAAACUUACCGCGAAUCAGAAACAAAGAAUCAGAAACUAAAAGCCGCGAAUCAGAAACUAAAAUCCGCGAAUCAGAAACCAAAAUCCCGCGAAUCAGAAACCAAAAAUCCCGCGAAUCAGAAACUAAAAUGCGCGAAUCAGAAACAAAACUCCGCGAAUCAGAAACUGAGAAUCAGAAACUAA